AUGUUCGGUGGUGUUGAGCACGACCUUGAGAAAGCUCCCCAGGUGGAGAAGAGGCCUUUCGACAGUAGCAGCGAUGGUGCUGUGCCUGGGGAAACCUUUGUAUAUGGCAAUUCGUGGUACGCCAGGCUGCAACGGCUGGCCGGAAAGCUCAACAUUGAGCAGCGAGGUAUAGAACGUGUACCGGCCGAUGAACGGACGGACACGUCAUAUCUCAACAUUGGCAGCAUGUGGCUGGCGGCCAACAUGGUGGUCAGUUCCUUCGCCAUUGGCGUCCUCGGAAAGUCGCUCUUCUAUCUCGGCUUCGUUGAUGCGAUUCUCACCUGCCUCUUCUUCAAUCUAUUGGGUGUCUUGACCGUUUGCUUCUUCUCCUGCUUCGGUGCUGCCUUUGGGUUACGACAGAUGGUGCUUUCGAGGUUCUGGUUCGGCUGGUGGCCCACCAAGUUCAUUGCUAUUUUGAAUGUGCUCGCUUGUGUGGGCUGGUCCGCUGCCAACGCCAUCGUCGGCGCUCAGCUCAUCAAUGCCGUGAACGGCGACGUCCCCGGAUUCGCUGGCAUUCUGAUCAUUGCUUUUUGCACAUUUCUCAUCACAUUCGCUGGGUACAAGGUUGUGCAUGCCUAUGAAUACUGGAGUUGGAUUCCCACCUUCAUCGUGUUCAUGAUUGUUCUCGGUACCUUCGCCCACUCGGGAGACUUCAGGAACCUCCCGAUGGAAGUUGGAACAUCAGAAAUGGGCGGUGUUUUGUCCUUUGGUUCAACCGUGUACGGUUUCGCUACUGGAUGGACCAGCUACGCCGCCGAUUAUACUGUGUACCAGCCCGCUAAUCGGAGUCGUCGCAAGAUAUUUCUCUCCGCCUGGAUUGGCCUCAUAAUUCCGCUUCUGUUCUGCCAGAUGCUGGGAAUCGCGGUCAUGACCGCUACAGGAAUCGACGAUGGCAAUAACAAGUAUCAGAUGGGCUACAACGCCUCCGGAAACGGAGGCUUGUUGAAUGCUGUGCUUGAGCCUCUUGGCGGAUUCGGUAAAUUCUGUCUGGUGAUCCUUGCACUCUCCAUCAUUGCAAACAACUGCCCGAACAUCUAUUCGGUGGCCUUGACUCUUCAGGUUCUAAGCCGCUACUCCCAGCGCGUACCCCGAUUCGUCUGGGUUUUCCUUGGCUCCUGUGCCUCUGUGGCUAUUGCCAUUCCCGGAUACUCUCACUUUGAGACUGUAUUGGAGAAUUUCAUGAACUUCAUUGCGUACUGGUUGUCCAUUUACUCUGGCAUUGCACUUACCGACCAUUUCCUCUUCAAGCGUGGAUUUGGUGGAUAUCGGCCUGAGCUUUACGACAAGCGCGACAAGCUUCCUCUUGGAAUCGCUGCCUCCAUUGCCUUUGGAUUCGGCGUGGCUGGUAUGAUCACUGGUAUGAGCCAAUCAUGGUGGGUCGGACCCAUUGCUCUACAUGCCGGUAAGGCUCCAUUCGGCGGCGACGUUGGUUUUGAGCUGGGAUUCGCUUUCUCGGCUGUGAUGUAUGCCGUCCUGAGACCUAUCGAGAUAAAGAUUUUCGGUCGGUAAUGCCAGUGAUGCACUUACUGAUAAGAGAGUACGGUUGUCGUGUUUUAUCACUUGGUCUUGUUUGCGACCGUGAAUCAUAGGAUACUGGUUUUCAUGUAUAUAGGUGCAACUAAUUUUCACGCUGAUAGUUUAUAGCGUCUCAGAGAAAUGCAUGUCUCGACAGAAUGUUGUUGCUUCGAGAGUAGGUCCUUGCAUAGGAGGAUGUAGUUCGUUCUUGGUCUGCCUCGUUGUAGAUAUCCAUGCAUUGUCACGCCGGAGGCACCGGCACAUCAUGCAUAUUCUCAGGCUCGUUGCCUUUUUGACGUUCCUAGCAACCAAGUGCUGGUGGUCUGCCGGUACCAUGUAUAUAGUGUUUGCUUCCCAAUCGAAGUGAAAAAUCGUUGACCAACUUGAAGAGAGUUGUCCAUGGUCUUCGAACAGCCAUGGUGCAUGGUUAGCUAGUAAUACCAAGCCACAUUUGUGUCAUCAAAGACAAGGAUUGG